GGACCGGGCGUGGGGAAGUGGCAAGAUGGCGACUCCCAGAGAGGAGGCGUGGAGGAGCCCUGGGGGGGGGAGGGGCAGGGCGGGGCGCUACCGCUCCUGACCCGAACUCUACUGUCUUUAGCCUACUGCACAGCGGCACCAACUCGCCUGCGAGUAGAAAACGCACUGGUUUUUACAGAAGCUUUUAAUUCCUUAUGAGCCUUGGGUCCUUUAAGAGGCUUGGGAGCAGAGGCUAAGACAUGCGAAGGCGGGGGAGCGGUGACGUCUUCUGACUCCGCCCCCUCGCCCGAUAGCCGCCAUGUUUAGUUGUUACUUCUUCACACAAGAUGGCGGCUCCCAGGGAGGAGGCAUGAUCGCCCUGCCGUUACCGCUUCUCCUGCCGUACAAUUGUCACUUCGGGUCUUAACUCCUGCUCUUUCGAGCGGCUCCUGUGGGAAGGAGUCUUAAGGAGGGAAGCGAGGAUUGGACGCUGCCUUUUGUUUGGUUUGCUGUGGAAGAACUGUCCAGGAAGAAGAGAAUAGGGGGGGGGGGAGAAGCUAGUCUCAAGAUGGCGGCUCCCAGGGCGGCCGGCGCAGCCUGAAUUCAGAGGCGGACUCAAGGGAGAGGUGCUAAACCUUACGAGCCAUACGGCUCGGGACCCCGAACAACACCCGGGAGUUCGAGUCCGUUUCGCCAGCUUCUGACACGCCUUUAUUAUUUAGGAACGUUGGGGUUCUGCGGUCGGUGUCUUAAGUGCUGGGUGGGGAAGCAGGACGGUCUCAAGAUGGCGGCUUCCACAAUUGUGGUCUGACUGCCGACGGAGCUGAGACAACCGCGGCAUUUGUGGCUCUUUUCCACCCGCCCCGGAAGCCAGCCAGUGCUGGGGACGGGGGGUGUGGGAACCGGGCCGGGGCUCCGCCAUUUCCGGCGGGGGAGGGCUACGACUGAGGAAGGGAGGAGAGAGAGGCGGCUCAAGAUGGCGGCUCCCAGAGCCUCCUGCUCGAGCUUCUAAGCGGGAACACCCAGGCAAAUAGUUAGAGCGACGGCGCUCGGUGGCCUCCAGCUUCUCGGAAAUAGGUGCUCUGCAGUUUUGAGAAGCUUUUAAGGAUACGAGCCGAGUGAGAAGGGGGGGGAAAGAGCCAAAGGAAGGAGGAUAGUUAAGAUGGCGGCCUCCAUGGAGUCGUCCACCGCUGUGUAAGGAGCCGCUUCUUCGUGAGAGCUGCCUUAGACGAAAGGGGGUGUGUGAAGAAUUAAGGGUAUCCCUCCCGUUCAGUGACUUCUUCCCACUGCAUCCUUAACCGGAACUAUGGCUUCGGCUGUGUCCCCCGCUAACUUGCCAGCGGUGCUUCUACAGCCCCGCUGGAAACGGGUGGUGGGUUGGUCGGGUCCCGUGCCGCGACCCCGCCACGGCCACCGUGCAGUAGCUAUCAAGGAGCUUAUAGUGGUGUUUGGCGGCGGCAAUGAGGGGAUAGUGGACGAACUACACGUGUACAACACUGCGACCAACCAGUGGUUCAUCCCAGCUGUGAGAGGGGAUAUCCCUCCAGGGUGUGCAGCCUAUGGCUUUGUAUGUGAUGGUACUCGCCUGCUGGUGUUUGGUGGAAUGGUAGAGUAUGGAAAAUACAGCAACGACCUCUAUGAGCUCCAGGCAAGUCGCUGGGAAUGGAAGAGACUGAAGGCAAAGACACCCAAAAACGGGCCUCCUCCGUGUCCUCGGCUUGGACACAGUUUCUCCCUUGUGGGCAACAAAUGUUACCUGUUUGGGGGUCUGGCCAAUGAUAGUGAGGACCCCAAGAACAACAUUCCGAGGUACCUGAAUGACUUAUAUAUUCUCGAACUACGGCCAGGCUCUGGAGUGGUAGCUUGGGACAUUCCCAUCACUUAUGGUGUCCUUCCUCCACCCCGGGAGUCACAUACUGCUGUGGUCUACACUGAAAAAGAUAACAAGAAAUCCAAGCUGGUGAUCUAUGGAGGGAUGAGUGGCUGCAGGCUAGGGGACCUUUGGACCCUGGACAUUGAGACACUGACAUGGAAUAAGCCCAGCCUUAGUGGGGUGGCACCCCUUCCUCGCAGCCUCCACUCUGCAACCACCAUAGGAAACAAAAUGUAUGUAUUUGGUGGCUGGGUGCCCCUUGUCAUGGACGAUGUCAAAGUGGCCACACACGAGAAGGAAUGGAAGUGUACCAACACACUGGCUUGUCUCAACCUGGAUACCAUGGCCUGGGAAACCAUCCUGAUGGAUACACUGGAGGACAACAUUCCUCGAGCUCGAGCAGGCCACUGUGCUGUUGCCAUCAAUACUCGCCUGUAUAUUUGGAGUGGCCGUGAUGGCUAUCGCAAGGCCUGGAACAAUCAGGUCUGCUGCAAGGACCUGUGGUAUCUGGAGACAGAAAAGCCACCACCCCCAGCCCGAGUUCAACUAGUACGAGCCAACACCAACUCACUGGAGGUUAGCUGGGGUGCAGUGGCAACAGCCGACAGUUACCUUCUACAACUCCAGAAAUAUGACAUUCCUGCCACAGCUGCUACGGCUACCUCCCCCACUCCCAAUCCAGUCCCGUCUGUGCCUGCCAACCCUCCCAAGAGCCCUGCGCCAGCAGCAGCUGCACCUGCUGUACAACCACUGACCCAAGUAGGCAUCACACUUGUGCCCCAGGCUGCCGCUGCACCCCCAAGCACAACCACCAUCCAGGUCUUGCCGACAGUGCCAGGCAGCUCUAUUUCUGUGCCCACUGCAGCCAGGACUCAAGGUGUCCCUGCUGUUCUCAAAGUGACUGGUCCUCAAGCUACAACAGGAACACCACUGGUCACCAUGAGACCUGCAAGCCAGGCUGGAAAAGCUCCUGUCACUGUGACUUCCCUGCCUGCCAGUGUGAGAAUGGUUGUACCCACUCAGAGUGCCCAGGGCACGGUGAUUGGCAGCAACCCACAGAUGAGUGGGAUGGCUGCAUUGGCUGCUGCUGCUGCUGCCACACAGAAAAUCCCUCCUUCCUCAGCACCCACAGUGCUAAGUGUCCCAGCAGGCACCACCAUUGUCAAGACAGUGGCUGUGACACCUGGUACAACCACUCUUCCAGCCACUGUGAAGGUGGCCUCCUCACCUGUUAUGGUGAGCAACCCAGCUACUCGAAUGCUAAAGACUGCAGCUGCCCAAGUGGGGACAUCUGUGUCCUCUGCUGCCAACACAUCUACCCGCCCUAUCAUCACAGUACAUAAAUCAGGGACUGUAACAGUGGCCCAGCAAGCCCAGGUGGUGACCACGGUGGUAGGCGGAGUCACCAAGACCAUCACUCUAGUGAAGAGCCCCAUCUCUGUCCCGGGAGGCAGUGCUCUGAUUUCCAAUCUUGGAAAAGUGAUGUCAGUGGUCCAGACCAAACCAGUUCAGACUUCAGCAGUGACAGGCCAAGCAUCUACAGGUCCUGUGACUCAGAUCAUCCAGACCAAAGGACCCCUGCCAGCAGGGACUAUCCUGAAGUUGGUGACAUCAGCAGAUGGCAAGCCCACAACCAUCAUCACCACCACACAGGCUAGUGGGGCAGGGACCAAGCCCACUAUCCUGGGCAUCAGUAGUGUCUCUCCUAGCACCACCAAACCCGGCACAACUACCAUCAUUAAGACCAUUCCCAUGUCAGCAAUUAUCACCCAGGCAGGCGCCACAGGUGUUACCAGCAGUCCUGGCAUUAAGUCCCCCAUCACAAUUAUCACCACCAAGGUGAUGACUUCAGGAACAGGAGCACCUGCCAAAAUCAUCACUGCUGUCCCCAAGAUUGCUACUGGCCAUGGGCAACAAGGAGUGACCCAGGUGGUGCUAAAGGGGGCCCCUGGACAGCCAGGCACCAUCCUCCGCACUGUGCCCAUGGGCGGCGUUCGCCUGGUCACCCCUGUCACCGUCUCCGCUGUCAAGCCAGCUGUCACCACAUUGGUUGUGAAGGGCACCACAGGUGUUACAACACUAGGCACAGUGACAGGCACUGUCUCCACCAGCCUUGCCGGAGCUGGGGCACAUAGCACCAGUGCUUCUCUGGCUACACCUAUCACUACUUUGGGCACCAUUGCUACUCUCUCAAGUCAGGUGAUCAACCCUACUGCUAUCACAGUGUCAGCUGCACAGACUACACUAACAGCUGCUGGUGGACUCACCACACCUACAAUCACAAUGCAGCCUGUCUCCCAGCCUACCCAGGUGACUCUGAUCACAGCACCUAGCGGGGUUGAGGCCCAACCUGUACAUGACCUUCCUGUGUCCAUUUUGGCCUCACCUACUACAGAGCAACCCACAGCAACAGUCACUAUCGCUGACUCAGGCCAGGGUGAUGUACAACCUGGCACUGUGACACUGGUGUGUUCCAACCCACCCUGUGAAACCCAUGAAACAGGCACCACCAACACAGCUACCACCACUGUUGUGGCUAACCUUGGGGGACAUCCUCAGCCUACCCAGGUGCAGUUUGUUUGUGACAGACAGGAGGCAGCUGCUUCACUUGUGACCUCAGCUGUGGGACAACAGAAUGGUAAUGUGGUCCGUGUCUGUUCAAACCCCCCCUGUGAAACCCAUGAGACAGGCACCACCAACACUGCCACAACAGCCACCUCAAACAUGGCUGGGCAGCAUGGCUGCUCGAAUCCUCCCUGCGAGACUCAUGAGACAGGUACCACCAGCACUGCCACUACAGCAAUGUCCAGCAUGGGCACUGGGCAGCAGCGAGACGCUCGUCGUGCCACUAACACCCCCACUGUAGUGCGGAUCACUGUGGCUCCUGGGGCAUUGGAAAGAGCCCAGGGUACUGUGAAGCCUCCGUGCCAAACCCAGCAGACCAACAUGACCAGCACCACCAUGACUGUGCAGGCCACUGGAGCUCCAUGCUCAGCUGGCCCACUGCUCAGGCCAAGUGUGGCACUGGAGACUGGGAGCCAUAGCCCUGCCUUCGUGCAACUAGCCCUUCCAAGUGUCAGAGUUGGGCUAAGUGGCCCCAGCAGCAAGGACGUGCCCACAGGGCGCCAACCAGAGACAUAUCAUACUUACACAACCAAUACCCCAACCACAGCCCGUUCUAUCAUGGUUGCUGGGGAGCUUGGUACAGCUCGGGUGGUCCCCACAUCUCAAUAUGAUUGCCUCCAGGCAAGCUCUCCCAGUAGCACCAUGACUAUGACAGCCCUAGAGGCCCUGCUGUGCCCUUCAGCUACUGUGACCCAAGUCUGCUCCAACCCACCAUGUGAGACCCAUGAGACGGGUACCACCAACACCGCCACUACCUCCAAUGCGGGCAGUGCUCAGCGAGUAUGCUCUAACCCACCUUGUGAGACUCAUGAGACGGGCACCACACACACAGCUACCACUGCCACAUCAAAUGGAGGCGCAGGCCAGCCUGAGGGUGGACAACAGCCUGCCAGUGGCCAUCCCUGCGAGACACACCAGACCACUUCCACUGGCACCACUAUGUCAGUCAGUGUGGGUGCCCUGAUUCCUGAUGCCACUCCCUCUCAUGGGACCCUGGAGUCUGGUUUAGAGGUGGUAGCAGUGCCCACUGUCACCUCCCAGGCUGGUGCCACAUUGCUGGCCUCUUUCUCAACACAGAGGGUAUGCUCCAAUCCUCCUUGCGAGACCCACGAGACAGGUACAACGCACACAGCCACCACUGUCACCUCUAACAUGAGCUCAAACCAAGACCCUCCACCAGCUGCCAGUGACCAAGGAGAAGUGGCGAGUACCCAAGGUGACAGCACAAAUAUCACCAGUGCCAGUGCUAUCACUACAACUGUGUCUUCUACACUGCCAAGAGCAGUGACCACUGUGACACAGUCUACACCAGUCCCAGGUCCUUCUGUGCCGAACAUCUCAUCAUUGACUGAGACUACCCCAGGGGCUCUGACUUCCGAAGUCCCCAUCCCAGCCACGAUAACAGUGACCAUAGCCAACACAGAAACUUCUGACAUGCCCUUCUCUGCUGUUGACAUCCUGCAGCCCCCAGAGGAACUCCAGGUCUCACCAGGGCCUCGCCAGCAGCUGCCUCCAAGGCAACUCCUGCAGUCUGCCUCCACACCCCUGAUGGGGGAGUCCGCCGAGGUCCUGUCAGCCUCCCAGACCCCUGAGCUCCAGGCCGCCGUGGAUCUGAGCAGCACUGGGGACCCAUCUUCAGUCCAGGAGCCUACCACCUCUGCUGUUGUGGCCACUGUGGUGGUCCAACCACCCCAACCCACACAGUCUGAAGUAGACCAGUUAUCACUUCCCCAAGAGCUGAUGGCUGAAGCCCAGGCGGGCACCACAACCCUUAUGGUAACAGGGCUCACUCCAGAGGAGCUGGCAGUGACUGCUGCUGCUGAAGCAGCUGCUCAAGCUGCAGCCACUGAAGAAGCUCAAGCCUUGGCCAUCCAGGCUGUGCUCCAGGCUGCACAGCAGGCUGUCAUGGCAGGCACUGGGGAGCCCAUGGAUACAUCUGAAGCAGCAGCAGCAGUGACACAAGCAGAACUGGGUCAUCUUUCAGCUGAAGGCCAAGAGGGUCAGGCUACCACCAUACCCAUUGUGCUGACACAGCAGGAGCUUGCAGCUCUUGUACAGCAGCAGCAGCAGCUCCAGGAGGCUCAAGCCCAAGCCCAGCAACAGCACCACCUUCCCACUGAGGCUCUGGCCCCAGCUGACAGUCUCAAUGACCCAUCCAUCGAGAGCAACUGCCUCAAUGAGUUAGCUAGUGCUGUCCCCAGCACUGUGGCCUUGCUACCCUCAACAGCUACUGAGAGUUUGGCUCCAUCUAACACAUUUGUGGCUCCUCAGCCUGUUGUUGUAGCCAGUCCAGCAAAGAUGCAGGCUGCAGCAACCCUUACUGAAGUGGCAAAUGGCAUUGAGUCCCUGGGUGUGAAACCGGACUUGCCACCCCCACCCAGCAAAGCCCCUAUAAAAAAGGAGAACCAGUGGUUUGAUGUGGGGGUCAUUAAAGGUACCAGUGUAAUGGUGACACACUAUUUUCUGCCACCAGAUGAUGCUGUUCAGUCAGAUGAUGACUCAGGCACCGUUCCAGACUAUAACCAGCUAAAGAAGCAGGAGCUGCAGCCAGGCACAGCUUAUAAAUUUCGAGUUGCUGGAAUCAAUGCUUGUGGCCGGGGCCCCUUCAGUGAGAUCUCAGCCUUUAAGACUUGUCUGCCUGGUUUUCCAGGGGCUCCUUGUGCUAUUAAAAUCAGCAAGAGCCCAGAUGGUGCUCACCUCACCUGGGAGCCACCCUCUGUGACCUCCGGCAAGAUUAUCGAGUACUCUGUGUACCUGGCCAUCCAGAGCUCACAGGCCAGUGGUGAGCCCAAGAGCUCUACCCCAGCCCAGCUGGCCUUCAUGCGAGUAUACUGUGGGCCUAGCCCUUCCUGCCUUGUGCAGUCCUCCAGCCUCUCCAACGCCCACAUUGACUAUACUACAAAGCCUGCCAUCAUCUUCCGCAUUGCUGCCCGCAAUGAAAAGGGCUACGGCCCUGCCACACAAGUGAGGUGGUUACAAGAAACCAGUAAAGACAGCUCUGGCACCAAGCCAGCUAGCAAGCGGCCCAUGUCGUCUCCAGAAAUGAAAUCUGCUCCAAAGAAGUCUAAGGCUGAUGGUCAGUGAGGAAGCUGGCCAGCAUCUGGAUCCUCCAGACCCCUCUGCUUCAGGAAUGCCCUAUAGGGCCCACCUUCCCGCCCUGCCCACCUGGCCUUUGCACUUCACCCUCACCAGCUACUGGCCACCAUUCAGUCUCCCCCUUUCCCUCUGUUUUUACAAUAAAGAAAGCACAUUUUACCAUUGCUGUUGGGAGGAAGCAGAAGGCAGAUUGGAAAGAACGGCGAGUAAGUGCAAGUUGUGCUCCUUCCUUUUCCCUACCUGAUGCCCUCCCUGGGUUGAGUAUGACUGGACAGUUCAGAGACUUUGGGAAAAGAAAUUAAAACUGAAAACAAAAGAGAUAGUUCCCAUACUUAAGCCUGCACUCGUUUGUAGUUCAUUUCCCUUGGCCUGAGAGACAGCCAAGGGCUGGAGGGGGAAGGGCAUCCCCCAAGUUCUCUCAGAGGCUUUUCCCAGCAGGUACCCAUCCUGGGUAUCUGUCUGGCUCUGUUUUGUUUUGUUACUAUCCUUGUAUUUCCAGCCACCUCCCAUCCCUUCUUCAAGCUUAGCCAGACCUAUCUCGCCCAGCAAAGUCACAGGAAGCUUAAGUAUCUCAGAGGCCUUUGAGUUUCCCACUCAACACCUCUCUCUCCUUUCAAAAGAGGGAGGGGGGGAGCCUUGGUUGGUCUGAGCAGUGGCUGUGAAAUCCUCCCAAUGGGCACAGAAUGGCCCCCAGUAACCCUGGCUUUGGCCUACCUUUUUGAGCCUGGGGGCCACAUCACCAACUGCUGCAUUUGUUGUAUUUUUUAAGUUGAAAUUAAUGAAGUUAACAUUUUUAUUGUAAUUUUAGCCUUAGCGUGUGGGGGUUUAUCCCUUUUUGUUAGCUGUGUACAGAAUGUGUAUCCUAUCUCCUCCCCCACCCUCCAUCCUAUCCCACCCCUCAUCCCCUUACCCCCCCCCCCAGCUAAUCAUUGGCAGGGGUCUUCCUGGGGAAAGGCUAAAAGAGCAGCUAGAGUAGGAGAGAAACAGAGUGUCUUGGGUGGGACUUGGUAGACACUGCCCCAAUAUCCUAUUGCUAGCCCCUGCCUGCUUCUGGAACAGUGUGAGACCAUUAAACUUCAUUCCUUGUGGGUUAGCACUUAACAUGUAGAGGCUUGGGCUUAAAGGUGGUGUCCACCUUAAUCAGCAUCACUUUCAGAGACUGACCCUAAACAACACAGCAGGAACAGGGAACAGGUGGGACUUUGACCCCCUUGGAGGCAGCCCAGGAUGGCAGUGGGGUAUGCCAUAUCUAUCCACAGAGGCUAUGGGUAGGUACCAAAUACCAACUCAGUAAUUAAUUUUGUAGCAUUGUCCCCAAGCUCUGGAUUUUUUUUUUCUCUCCAGGACCCAAGUUUUAGGCAAUGAGUAAUGCUUGCAAGCAAGUUACUGAAGGAUUUAAAAAUGGACAGCCAAUGUGUUCAGCAGCUCUGGCUUGUACCCCCUGGGCCUCUAGUGUAUUGUAUUAUAUUUCUCUGUGGAAAGUCAUGUUUAGUCAAAUUCGAACCCACUCGCCUGUUCCCUUUGUUUUCCCUAUCCCUUCUCCUGAGCACCCUUUGAUUUCUGAGGACAGUACUACCCAUUCAUCUAUUGUAGAGUAACCCUUGUGACUCAAUAUUACCAUAGUGCGAUGUUGUUUUGUGCUAUUUUGAACAAUUAAAAAAGACUUUUUUUGAAAUAA